AAGAGGUUAGGGGUCAACCCGUAAUCUAUCGAUGAUACUUGGCCAAAACCACGAAAUUAUAUAUUUAACAGACUAGAGAAGUAAAAAUGAAAAAUCAACUUUGGCGGUGACCUUAACAUGAAGUUUCGCCGGCGACGCAGUGAUUAAAGGGGGCAAAAAUAAUUGUCCUAAUAAUUCCGGUUAGUGUAUGGACUAUGGAGAUUGAGGGCAGCGACGGUUCAAAAGCCAACCUGAAAUGGGAUUCAAUAAUAGAAUGGGGAAGAGGUUCCGGCUUCAAAACCGACGACCGGACGGUUUCACGGCGACACGUCGAGCUCCAACCCGUCUUUGGCUCCGGUAUCAGGGAACCAAGGGUUCGUUUUAUAGUCCACGGAAAGAAUCCCAUAUGGGUUCAUAGAAGCAAGACCGGCGAAGUCAGCGGAUUCAAGACUUCUGAAAGUGGCGAAUUGGAGAUCGGCGAUGCGUUUUGCGUUUCGGCUAAGAAUCCCGUUUGGUUCACUUGUAAAGAUGUUGAGAUUGAGGCUGAAAAUGGGGAAAAUAAUGGGAAGGGUGAGCUUCGUUUAGAUGGUGAAUUGGCCGAUAGCUUAAGUGGUGGCUUUGAGGUCAAAGGUUUUGAUGCAUUAGAGCUUGAAUCUGUUGACAUUUCACUCAUUGAUCCUGUUAAAGAAUUUGGAUUCCUGGUAAUUGGGGAAGAAUUUAACAGCUACCCGCGUAGAAUGAUUAAGGAUAUCAAGAAUUGGGAUUGGUUUCUUGAGGAAGGUGGAGAUGAAGGUAGUGAGGAUGAUAAUGAAGUUGGAGGGAAUAAUAAGAGGAGGACAAGGAAGAGAAAGAAGAAAGGUGGCAGGGGGGAAGAUGAUGAGGAAUGGACAGGGGAAAGUGAAGAGGAGGAGGAGCAAAUGGAGUUGCUGUUGAAAUCGAAAGAAGGGAAGGUUCAGAAGACACCUAAAUACUCGACAAGAUCCAAGGAUCGCCAAAAACUGAAACUCGCGAGUAGGGAUGACGCCGGAGAGAACAAGAAGGUUGCAGCUCCAUUGACACGAAGGAAAGCUGAUAAAAAUGCAGAUGUCAAUAUGGAAGAUGAAGAAGAGGAUGAUGAAGGUGAUGAGACACUAGGAGGUUUCAUUGUGGGUGAUGAAGAUUUGGAAGAAGUUGAGGACGAGGAGGAGGAAGAGGAGGAAGAAGAAGAAGAGGAUUUUGAUGGGGAUGAGCUAGAUGAUUGAUUGAUCGGUAAUUGAUGAAGAUUUUAUUACAUUUCGAAUCUUGUUUUGUUAGAUCUUUUUUCAGGGCAAGUACCAAGUAGAUUUGCAGCAGUGUCAUCUUCUACAUAUUGUACAAAUUGAAAAAGAAACGGUUCUUAAUUUGGUUGUUUGUAGUUUGUACAUCUCGUCUGGUUGAACAAUCUUUUUUAUUGUGAUUUCACUUGUGGCCUAAUUGUAGAGAUGUCUUGUAAUAUCAAAGUAGCACCUUGCCUGAUUCUUGCAUGAGAUCAUAAGGCACAAUCUAACCAUCUUUAUGGUCUAGUUUUCUU